AUGAGUGUUAGUGAGAAGAAUACACGCACCAAUUUUACAGAUCAUUUGCACGAGGCUUUAGUCCGUAAGGGAAUCCGGACCUUCAUUGAUGGAGAGCUUGUAAGAGGAGAAGAAAUAUCGCCAGCCCUUGUCAAAGCAAUUGAAGAAUCAAGAAUUUCUCUCAUUGUAUUCUCUGAAAACUAUGCAUCUUCGAGGUGGUGCUUGGAUGAACUUGUCAAGAUCCUUCAAUGUAAAGAAUCAAAGCAACAAAUAGUUUUGCCCAUUUUUUACAAGGUGGAUCCGUCGGAUGUACGAAAGCAAACAAAUAGUUUUGGAGAUGCAUUUAAAGGCCUUAUUCAAAGCAAAUUCAAAGAUAACGAGGAGAAGGUGGUCAUAUGGAGGAAAGCUCUUAGAAAAGCAGCAAAUUUGUCCGGACAUACUUUCAAGGAUGGAGAUUAUGAAGCUACAUUUAUCAACAACAUUGUUGAUAGAAUCUUAAGCCAACUACUGAGACGCACAUAUUGGAAUGUGGCCAAGCACCCAGUUGGAAUUCACUCUCAUGUACAAGAUGUGAAAAAGCUUUUAGAUGUUGGUGGGAAUGGUCGUCACAUGGUUGGGAUAUGGGGGACAUCUCGAAUAGGCAAGACAACAAUUGCAAAAGCUAUAUGGAAUGCAAUUGCACAUAAAUUUGAAGGAAGUUGUUUCUUGUCAAAUGUUAGAGAAAAUUCAAUGUCAGAUGGAGACUUAAUCAAGCUACAGGAGGCUCUUCUCCAUAAAAUUCUUGGCGGAGAAUGGAAAAUUCGUAGUGUUGAUGAAGGAAUUGGUGUCAUAAAAGAACAGUUGAGCCAUAAAAAAAUUCUCUUAAUUCUUGAUGAUGUGAAUCAAUUGAAGCAAUUAGACAAUUUGGCUGGUGUUGGUUGGUUUGGUGAGGGUAGUAGAAUCAUCAUAACUACACAAGAUAGAGGAUUGCUAAAACGUCAUGGAGUUAAUUCGAUAUACGAGGCAAAGUUAUAUGGCAACCGAGCUCGUGAGCUUUUCAGUUUGAAUGCCUUCGAAACCAAUAAACCUCCAAAGGAUUAUUUGGGACUCGCACAACGUGCAGUAGAGUAUGCUCAAGGCAUUCCACUAGCUCUAACACUUUUAGGUUCUCAUCUUCGUUAUGAAGACAAAGAUUGUUGGCAAAAUAUAUUAGAUAGUUAUGAAGGAGAACCAUAUACAGGUAUUUGAAAAACACUUCAAAUAAGUUAUGAUGCCUUUGAAAAUUUCAUGCAACAAGUUUUUCUAGACAUCGCAUGUUUCUUCAAAGGUGAAAAGAAGGACUAUGUUCUACAAAUAGUAAGCAAUUCUAAGAACAUGGUCUCCCGAGAUUGUAUUGAAGUACUCAUUGAGAAGGCAAUGAUAAAUAUUGACUAUGGUAGGAUUCAAAUGCAUGACUUACUAGAAAAACUAGGCAAGGAUAUAGUUCACGAAGAAUCCUCCAAUGAUCCCGGCAAGCGUAGUAGAUUGUGGUUUUACAAGGAUGUUGAACAAGUUCUAACGGAAAGUUCAGGAACAAGAAAGAUUAUAGGCAUUAUGGUGAAGCUUCCAAAACCAGCUAAGAUAACUUUGAAUCCAAAAUGCUUCCGUAAUAUGGUGAAUCUUCAAAUUUUCAUAAACCAUAAUGCAUCUCUAUGCUUCCGUAAUAUGGACAUUAACUAUCUGCCCAACGCGUUAAGAUUUAUUGAUUGGCCUAGUUGUCAGUUACAAUCUUUGCCAUCCGAGUUUCAUCCACUGCGUCUUGCUGUGUUCAAUAUGCCUGGCUGUAGUAUCAGACGAUUGGAGAAAUUGAAAACUAUGUUAGACCUGACAUCAAUGAAUUUAAGUGGUUGUCAAUUCUUAAAAAAGAUUCCUGACUUAUCCGGAAUCCCAAACAUAAGGGACUUGAAUCUUAGUGACUGUACAAGUUUGGUUGAGGUUGAUGAUUCUGUUGGACUCCUUGAUAAACUUGUUGAAUUGGAUCUUGGUGGAUGCUUCAAUCUUACAAGGUUUGCAACAAGACUUAGAUUGAAAUCUCUUGAAGCACUUGAUCUUAGGGAUUGCACAAGACUUGAGAGUUUCCCAGAAAUAGAAGUCAAGAUGGAAUCUCUAGAGACUUUGGACAUAUCAAGAAGUGGCGUAAGAGAAUUACCUUCAUCAAUUGCAUAUCUUACUAGGCUUUAUCACUUUAGCGCUGACUAUUGUAAGAACCUUACAGUGAACUCUCAAGUUUCAUCCAGCAACUCCACAUUAAGAGAACUUGAUCUAUCGGGAAUCAAUUUUGUCAGUCUUCCGAGAUGCUUUAGCACAUUUGUCGACUUGCGGUGGCUUUACUUGAGUGAUUGCAAGAAUCUUCUGGAAAUUCCAGAACAAGUGCUUCCACCAAGAGUAACUUUGGUAUUACUGGAUAACUGCACAUCAUUGGAGAAAAUUCCAGAAUUCCCACCGGUGGAUGACAGUUGGUCUGCGAGUUUGACCAAUUGCGUUAGACUACGCGGCUACGACAUCACAGAAAAUAUUUUUCUGAAUCACGUUUCUGUUUCUUCUCCGCAUUCUAGUUUUGACAUUAGUCUCCCAGGCGAUGAAGUUCCAACGUGGUUCAGCUGUUGUAAAGAUGCAACAAUAGUUAGACAAUUUUUGGGUUGGGGUAUUCCUGAAUGUGAAGUUAGUUUUGAAAUUCCUCCAAAUUUAAAAUGGGAGAUGUUAAGAUUGGUUCUAUGUGUUGUUAGUAUGGCUCCUGCCAGGAUUCUUCUCAAUGGAAAACUCGUCAAUGCGAUAGAUAUUGGAAUGCUUGAGAGCCAUGAGGGAUUAUUGGAAGGUCAUGUUAUAUUUCACUUGUCUGGCAACGUGCCCACACAUGUUAAAAUUCCCUGCGGGGUCCACCUAUUAGGCCACCAGGUUGCUGAUAUCAGUGAGACUGAUGUUGUUGAUCAUGGGCCAACGCAGUUUAUGGGGAGUUGGGUUACUCCCCCAUUGCCAACUGAUUUUGGGGUGGAACCUCAACUUCCUUCAAAUCUGCCCCCUAUGACAACUCAACCAGACUCUUCUUCUCCUUCUUCUUCUCCAUAUGAUGUCUUUCUGAGUUUUAGAGGAGCGGAUACACGCACCAAUUUUACAGAUCAUUUGCGCAAUGCUCUGGUUGGUAAAGGGAUCCACACCUUCAUUGAUGAUGAUGAGCUUCGGAGAGGAGAAGAAAUAUCGCCAGCCCUUGUCAAAGCAAUUGAAGAAUCAAGAAUUUCUGUCAUUGUAUUCUCGGAAAAGUAUGCAUCUUCGAGGUGGUGCUUGGAUGAACUUGUCAAGAUCCUGCAAUGUAAACAAUCAAAGCAACAAGUAGUUUUGCCCAUUUUUUACAAGGUGGAUCCGUCGGAUGUACGAAAGCAAACAAAUAGUUUUGGAGAUGCAUUUAAAGGCCUUAUUCGAAGCGAAUUCAAGGAUGACAAGCAAAUUCAAGGAUGGAGGAAAGCUCUUACGGAAGCAGCAAAUUUGUCUGGAUGGCAUUUCGAGGAGGGAGCGUAUGAAGCUACAUUUAUCAACAACAUCGUUGAUGGAAUCUUCAGCAAAUUACCUCCCACAUAUUUGUAUGUGGCCAAGUACCCAGUUGGAAUUCAGUCUCAUGUACAAGAUGUGGAAAUGCUUUUGGAUGUUGGUGGGAAUGGUCGUCGCAUGGUUGGAAUAUGGGGGACAUCUGGAAUAGGCAAGACAACAAUUGCAAAAGCUAUUUUUAAUGCAGUUUCUCAUAAGUUUGGAGGUAGUUGUUUCUUGGAAAAUGUUAGAGAAGGAAGCUUAGUCCAACUACAGAAGACUCUUCUUCAAGAGAUUCUUGGUGGUAAAAAGUUGGAAAUUGCUAGUGCUGAUAAAGGUAUCUCUAUUAUCCAUAAACUAUUGAGGCAUAAAAAGAUUCUAUUAAUUCUUGACGAUGUGGACCAAUUGGAGCAGUUAGAAAAAUUGGCUGGAGAUGAUUGGUUUGGUGAGGGUAGUAGAGUAAUCAUUACUACAAAAAAUAGGAGAUUGCUAAACAAUCGUGAAAUUGAGUUGAUAUGCGAGGUGAAGAAGUUAGACUACAACCAAGCUCUUGAGCUCUUCAGUUGGCAUGCAUUCCGAAGAAGUGAACCUCGACAAGAUUAUUUGGGACUCGCACGAUGUGCAAUAGCUUUUGCUGAUGGCCUUCCACUAGCUCUAACAAUUUUAGGUUCUCAUCUUUGUGGUAUAGAUAUACCACGUUGGCAAGUUAUAUUAGAUAGUUACGAAGGAGAACCUUAUACACAUAUUGAAAGAAUACUUCAAAAAAGUUAUGAUGCCUUGGAAGAUCCCGCAAAAGCAUAUUUUCUCGACAUUGCAUGUUUCUUCAAGGGUGAAUAUAAGAACUAUGUGCAACAAAUAGUACCCCAAAAAUACAUUGAAGAAUUUGUUGAUAAGGCAUUGAUAACUAUUGAAUGUAACAAGAUUUUAAUGCACGACUUGCUAGCAAACCUGGGCAAGGAUAUAGUUCACAAAGAAUCCCCCUAUGAUCCUGGCCAGCGUAGUAGAUUGUGGUUUUAUGAGGAUGUCAUACAAGUUCUAAUGGGAACUACUGGAACAAGAAAUAUUAAAGGCAUCAUUGUGAAGCUUCCAAAACCAGCAGAGAUAACCUUGAAUCCAAAAUGCUUCCAUAAUAUGGUGAAUCUUCAAAUUUUCAUAAACCAUAAUGCAUCUCUAUGUGGGGACAUUAAUGAUUUGCCCAACACGUUAAGAUUGAUUGAUUGGGAUAGAUGUCAGUUACAAUCUUUGCCACCCAAUUUUCAAGGAAAACGUCUUGUUGAGUUCAAUAUCCCUCGCAGUCAUAUCAGACAAUUGGAUGGAUUUAAGCAUUUGCCAAACCUGACAUCUAUGGAUUUGAGGGGUUGUCAAUUCUUAGAAAAAAUCCCAGACCUAUCCGGAAUCCCAAACAUAGAGUACUUGAAUCUACGAGAGUGCACACGUUUGGUUGAGGUCGAUGGUUCUAUUGGACUCCUUGAUAAACUUGUUGUAUUGAAUCUUAGUAGAUGCGUUAAGCUUACGAGGUUUGCAACAAGACUGAGAUUGAAAUCUCUUUUAGCACUUAAUCUUAGUGAUUGCAAAAGGCUUGAGAGUUUCCCAGAAAUAGAGGAGAAGAUGGAAUCACUAUAUACUUUGAUCAUAUCAGGAAGUGGUAUAAGAGAAUUGCCUGCAUCAAUUACAUCUCUUACUGGGCUUCAAGUAUUAGAACUUCGUGGAUGCUUCAAUCUUACAAGGUUUGCAACACUUGGAUUGAAAUCUUUUGAAGAACUUGAUCUUAGUAAUUGCGAAAGGCUUGAGAGUUUCCCAGAA